CAAAAUUAAUGGAAAUAUUGUUUUUAUUUAUUAUUAUCAACAUUGAAUAUUACCCAAAAUGCAUCACUUUCAAUGUUUCCUAAAUGGCAAUUUUUUUGAAUUAAGAAAAAUAAAAUCAUUGGUAAAAUUAUUUUGUAGAUUUUGAGACCUUUAAAUUUAAAAUGGAACCUUUGUCAAAUUUACUACAGAAGAUAUUUUCACCCGAACAUUUUACUCCAGCUCUUAAAAUUUUAAAUCAAGUUACGAUUCCUAAAUUGAACAAUGAAACAAUUCUUCUUUUAAGAAAUGUUGUAAGAAUUAACAAUAAGGUUACUUAUCAAUUUGAUGGCUUAGCUAUAGCUGUUAAAGUUAUUGGACAAAGCUUGAGCUUAGACUAUAAUUCAGCUGACUGGUCAUCAAUAGGUGAAAAUUUUAGUGGUUUAAUUAUUGCAUUAUUUGACAGUUUUCUACUGUACCGAAACACUUCAAUUAUGAAAGAUGUGAAGUUUUGUAACUUGAUCCUGGAAGCUGGAAAGUCUUUACUGCCCAUAGUUGAUAAAGUUGAUUGUCUCAGGGUGUCAGUCAAUAACAAUGGUUACAGUAGUAUACUUCAGAUGAUAUGUCUUGAUGAGUUGGAUUUUCUUGUACGAAAAGAAAUAUUUCUCUUGUUUAAGCCCAUUAUUGUAAAAUCUGAUACACGUCAGAGGAAAAAUAUAAUGAAUAGCAAUGAAUUUUUUUUGUCAAAAAUGGCAGCUAUGGUUCUGAACUGUGGUGAUUUUGAAACUCAAGAAGUGAUUAUUGAAGUUUUGAUGAGAUUUUCUUAUAGUAGCAAACAAAAACUAAACAAAAUAUUGUCUUGGUUCCGAGAUUAUCCAGCUGUUCUGACUGCCACUAAACUUCUCGAUUAUAAGAGUUUUGAUUUAUCCUGUAGGAAAUUCCUCAAUUCUGUCAACAGAAGCAUCAAUUCUAAUGUUGUGACACUUUCUUGUUUUGAAGCCUAUGCAAAUGAAAUAAAACUUCAAAAACUUAGGCUAGGUGGAUAUGAUGAGCUAUGGGUUGAUUUUAGCUUAAAGACUGGAAUAAUUCACAUUGUCUGUGACAGUGGAGCAAAUGCUUGGUUGAGACUUUUUAUAGACUCUAAGAAUGUUAGAAAUUCUUUUUUUUCUUCAAGGCUCUUAAAGAAAAAUGAUACUGAAAUUAAAGGAAAGCAAAUUCUUCUAGAAUUGAUAUCUCCAUUAGAAAUUGAACAUCAUCUCAAGGAAGCCCUGAUUGUUACGAUCACGCUAAUAUUUGUUGAAUCUUCUGAGUUGGACAAUCUUCAAACAAAUUUUUUUAAUAAGUGGUACCAUCAUUUGAAUAAAAUAGAAAAAAAAAAUCAGUUUAUGGCUGUGAAAGAAGCAUUUCAAGAAAAUUUUCACCAUCGCUGCAAGCAGAAAGACAAAUUUUUCAAUGGAACCAGUGUUUCAUCGUUAAGUACAAUUCAUAGCUGCUCUACUUGUAGUCUUCGUCAGUGCUGCCACAACAAAGGAAAAUUAAGGUCUCCUCUUUCUUUGAAGAAUAGCAGGCAGACAUUUUCGACAUCAACACCUAAGGACAGUUUAAAAUGCCAGAAUGACCACUCUUUGCACACGAAAUGUGGGAUUGAAAACAUUUGCCCCAGAUCAAGUAAAUGUGUGAAACUUAAUUCGACACCAACUUUCAGUGGAGGAGUAUUUAAUCAUGGCAUGCAACAGAAAUUUCAGGAGGCAACAGCUAAGUCAUCUUUGGUUAAAGGAAUUGUCGUAGGGGACGAUAAAAAAGAAGAUGGUUUGUUCAAGAAAAUGAUGGAAGCGUGUUUAAAAAAAGAAAGCGACAAACAAAUCGACAAUAUCAGUUACAGAGGUGCUGGUAAAGAUUUGAAUGCCAAUAAAUUUGCGUUUUCUGCUAAAGAACAAAUCCCAAUUGUUGCUGGACCAAGCUUUGACCUUAAAAAACUUCCACGGUCAUCCUAUAAACCAUUAAAAUUAGGAAUAUUAAAAAAUGCAUCCACAGGAGAAGACAAUGGCUUGAAAAAAGCCGAUGCAAUAAAUGCUAAUAAAAUUAUUAACAAUGACAAUGAUGAAGAGGCGUCUCAUGGCAAGGAACAUAAUAUACUAAAUGUAAAUCAAGGCACAAAUGAAAUAAGUCAUUCCAGCUCAUCCGUAAUUAGUACAUCUGAUGAAAUUUCUAGUAAAUCUAGCCGUAAAGGAAUAAAUUUAUUGAAUCCUGAGGAAAACAAAUUAAUGUCUCUACAAAACUUUGAAAAAAUAGUCAAUCCAGAAAAUAACCUAAGUACAGAGUUUCAUGAAAGCAUUUGGAAUAAUAACUCAUCGUUUAAUAAAAAAACCGUCCCGCAUUCUCCAUAUUUCAAAUUAUUCAAUUCGAGAAAUAGUUCAAUAUCCAGUCAAAGUGGUCAAAUUCAGGAAGAUGAUCUAGCCGUCAAUCCUGGAAAAAAUAUUUCACAAAAUUCAGAAUACAGUAAGUCAGUAUUCAAACUAAAACCACCCACCCUUAAUGUUGGUAGUUUAAUGAAUAAUGAACUAACCCCGGUAUUGCAAAACAGUUUUUCGUUUUCAUCUAUCGAGAAAUCAAAUAAAUUUUUAAAUACAAAUGAAGAUCUAACAAAUGCACUGAAAAGAAAAUCAGAUAAGACAAAUUCUGAUUUAGCUGAAUUUAAACAUAUCAGAACUUUAGAUAUGUCAAAUAUUUCUCAAAAUAAUGAAAAGACAAAUCAUGCAACUGACAUUGAAAACUCUGUUUGGAAGAGAACAACAGAAAUUAAAUCUAAAAUCAAUGAUGAAAUAAUUGUUAUUAGUGAAGUUGAGGGGAAAGGUACAAAUGAAAAUAAUUUUGGUUAUGAUGGUAGAUUAAGGCAACUUAGUUAUUCAAAUGAUUCAAAUAUAAUAGGAGAAGAAACCAAUGAAGAUAAGCAUCAGGAUAUUGAAGAGGGAGAUAACAAUAAAAAUAAGAUAAAUCAUUCUUCCCUUAUUGAAAAUAACCAAAUGAAUAUUAAUAGAAGCGAUUCAGAUCAAGAAUGUCUUACAGGUGCAUCAACUUUUCGCAAUUUUUCGAAAAAAGAAAGUCCUUUACACAAUAUACUAUAUAACGAUGAAGGAAUUGAUCCAAAAAAAGAUACAAAUGAUACAAAAAUGAAAAAGAAAACAUUACCAAAUAAAAGAAGCAGUAAGGGAUCUAGUGGAGCUUGGGAUGCUAUUAGUUCAGGGCAGAACACGACAAUAUCUUCCCUUCCAUCAAUUCAUUGCGUCGCUAUCCCAAAGAAAACUUAUAGCACUAAGCCCACUGUUGUCAAAAAAACACCAUCACCUGAGCAGACAUUUGAAGACCUUAUAAAACGAAAAGGGAGAAACAAGAAUGGAAAGGAAAUUACUCAAAAGGAGAAAUCUGGGAGAAAGAGAAAACUUUUCACACCGAAUUCUUCCCUGGAAGAAUUGAGUCCCUUUAAACCAGGUGAGGACAGUAUACGUACAUCUGAUAUUUUAUUCAAGGAUAAUGCUCCACCAAAAACUUAUAAAAGAAAGCGAAAAGAGAAUUCGAAUACUACAGAUGAAAAUAUAAAAAAGAAGAGUACAUCUCAAUGUCCCCAGUCAUUAGCAAAUAUUUACAAUUUUACAGAAAGUAGCCUAUCCUCUGUUGGUAAGAUAGACAAUGGAAAAACAACACAAAGACGGAAAUCAUUGCGAACGAGGGCUAAGAAGCAGUACAAAGAACUUUCUUCUGAAGAAAGUGACGUUUUUCAAAAUGAGGUUAUUGCUCCUAAAAAGAAGAGUUCGCUGAAACAUAAAACACCUCCAGCAAAAGCGGUUCUCUCUCUUCCUGAUGAGAGAUUGUCUGUUUCAGAGAAAGUAUCUAGGUUUGUUUGGAGUAUGAAUGAGAAUAGGGAGGAGACAGAUGCUGUGCGCCAAGAGGAUUUAGAGAGCGAGAUGAAGCUUUGUGAAGUACCUGUUGAAGAGAAUAAGAGCGAUUUAAGUCAAUUGGAAUUGGUCGAACCACCGAUAUGGCUAUCGUCGAGUGAAGCAGGUAUACCUUCAUUCCGAGGAAGUUCAGAUUCUCUUAAUGCUCCAACUGAAUUGGUCAUAAAAGGUGAUUCAACCAGACAGGUCGGUGAGGAGAUUGAAUUUCUGGAAUCAGUCAUUAAAAACAUUGAAUGCUUAUCAUUAAGUGUGAAAAGAAAAAAUCCUAAAAUAAAGUCUCAGGAAAAAAUUGUGAAGACAAUCGAAUCCUUUACAAGUUCGGGAAUAGAAGAAAUGAAUAAAAAAUGGGAAGAAGCAAGACAGAGCCUGCAGGUUAUGAUUUCCAAUUUGGACAAUAUAUCUGAAUCUUAUAAGACUUUCAUGGCUUCAUUAGAAACAAGAAUGAAGGAUAUGAUAGAGUCGUCAAUUUCAGAUUUUAACAUGGACAGGAGCAGUAGUAACUCGAGGAGUGAAAAUCUUUGUAAAGAAUUGAAAAAACUGUGUCAUGAAAGGCACAAGCUUUUAAAAAAGCAUUAAUUAUGUAGCACAAUUUUAAAACUGUACAUAUUGUAACAAAUGUUAUAUGAAUUUAUCAGUUAAAUUAAUCUAUUCCAAUUAAUUUAAUAUAAAACAAAAAUGUGCAUAAGUUUAUUGUUAAGUAUUUAUGUCCAUUAUUUUUUGUUUUGCUUUUUAAAACAUUAUAAUUAAUUUAAUUCAUAUAAAUAAAAAGAAAUAUAAUAAUAUAUUUUUGUAUCAUAUCUAAAUCUGUACUACAUUUGGAAAAUGUAAUAAAAUUUUGUUGUUAACAGA